AUGCUGUUAUUUGAUUCUGAACAUUCUUUACACAAUAAUAUAAUGGAAUUCACUAAGAGAAUUUUGAUGGUGUUUGCUCUAACCAUUAUGUUGGGUAUCUCCUAUGUUCAGUGUCGUCAAAGUCUGGAGCUCAUGCCUUGGUCUGGAGAAAAAUUUACUCAAUGUUUCGACUCAGGCCCAUGUCGGCAAGGAAUGAUGAAAUGCAUUGAGUUCUGUACCUCAAUGGGGACUGUAAAUGGACAAUGUAAUAUUGAAAAUAUAUGUUGUUGCAUUCAUUAGUGUUACUCUAAAAGUCUGGAUCAACGUUGCCUUUUAACUAUGGAGGGAGGAGAACCCUUGAUAUGAUUACUGUAUCCCAAUUCUUUAUUUGUAGAUGACAUAUUGUCAUGUGCUGAUAAUGUAUGAUGGUUACUAUAUUUUCUUUUUACUCAACAUCAAUUUUCAUUAGUUAAAGUGUAGGAAUACAAGAUUUCAACCUAAUAUAAUCGACAUAUUCUAUAAUCACAUAAGAACACUAAGAUAGAGUCGUUAUGACAAAUUUAUGUCAGGACUCGAGAUGAACUGUCUCUUGACCUCUAAUUAAAGCAUCUCCACUAAAAACAUUAAUGGUAAUGAAGAAAAAAAAUCUGUAGACUAUUAAGGCUAAAUUAAAA